GCAAUGAUUCCUUGGGGGUAAGGUCUCAAGGCCCCCAGUAGGAGCAGUAGGCCAUGAAGGUCUCGGGAAUGGCCGGAAGGAGGCAUCCCCGGACAGCGGUGCUGGGGUGCAAUCACACAUGGAGGGACAUGUGGGAGGGCAUCUCAAGGACUUGAAGGACCCGGGAGAGGGGUCUGGGGACGGGAGGAGUGUCGGCCAAUCUUGCGUGUGUGGCCCUCGGCAGCAGCCACGCCGGCAUAUGGGGGUGAAGCGGAGCCUCCAGAGCGGGGGCACCUUGCUGGGCUUCUUGGCCAAAAUCCUCACGAUUUUCUCCACUACCACCAACUACUGGAUCCGCUACCCCGGGGGCCACAGUGGCUUGUGUCAGGAGUGUAAUGGUGGCACCCGCUCCAACAUCCCCUGCCAGACCAUGCUGGCGGUGACGGGUGCGUGCAUGGUGCGCGGCAUCGUGUGUUUGGUGAUGGGGCUGAGGAUCCUGUGCCACGAGGGCGACUCGCGGGGCCAGACUACGAGCGGCAUCUUCUUCCUCUACGGCCUGCUGCUGCUGAUCGCUUUGACAGGCUACACAGUAAAGAACGCGUGGAAGAACGACGUCUUCUUCUUGUGGUCCUGUUUUUCGGGGUGGCUGGCUUUACCCUUCUCUAUUCUUGCGGGCUUCUGCUUUCUGCUGGCGGACAGGGUCGUGCAGAGCACGGAUGCCCUCAGUGGAUUCCCCGUGUGCUUGUGACCGCGGCCUGCCUGGGGCAGAAUAAAGGAACGGCUUUCACCGCCGCGGCUGCGCGUGCCUUUCUGGGGGCCGUGAGGACACGGGGGACAGGAACGCACGCGGGAGCAAUGUGGAUAUGAAGAGGACGGGGGACUGGGACACGGGGACACCUGGGGGUUCAGGAAGGACAUAAGCACAUGAACCUAUAGGGAACGAGGAACAUGGGGACACGAACCUGGGUGGAGUGGACAAGGCGCAUGGGCUCGGAGGGGUAAGGGGGCACAGGAGUGGUGGGGUCAGGAGAGCACAUGGGUGCUCGGAAGGGAUGUAGGGACAUGGACGCGGAAAAACGGAUAUAGGGGGACGGAAGAGGCAUGGUCCUGGGACCAGGAACAAGGCAAGAAGAAGAUGGGGAGACAGACACAAGAGGGCGCAGGGGAUGCGAGCGCAGCGACUUAAACAGGCGAGGAAACAGUGGGGAAC